GACGACAUGGUCUUCAUGGCGGCCCCCAGCAUCCUCCUCUCUCUGCUGCUGUUCCUGCAGCCUGUGUCCGUGGCAGCCCACUCUGUGCCCUUGCAGCCCACCUUCCUGGAGGAGGUGGCGGGUAGCGGGGAGGCCGAGGGCUCAUCGGCCUCCUCCCCGAGCCUCCCACCAUCUUGGACCCCAGCCCUCAGCCCCACGUCCCUGGGACCCCAGCCCACGCUCCUGGCAGGCCCCUCACCCCCUACCAACUUCCUGGACGGGAUCGUGGACUUCUUCCGCCAGUACGUCAUGCUCAUUGCCGUGGUGGGCUCCCUGGCCUUCCUGCUGAUGUUCAUCGUCUGUGCCGCGCUCAUCACUCGCCAGAGGCACAAGGCUUCAGCCUAUUAUCCAUCGUCCUUCCCCAAAAAGAAGUAUGUGGACCAGAGUGACCGGGCCGGGGGUCCCCGGACAUUCAGUGAGGUCCCAGACAGGGCUCCUGAUGGGCGGCCUGAGGAGGCCCUGGACUCCUCCCAGCAGCUCCAGGCUGACAUCCUGGCUGCCACCCAGAACCUCAAGUCUCCUGCCAGGGCCACCCCAGGCAGCGGGGAUGGAGCCAGGGUGGUGGAGGGCAGCCAGGGUGUGGACCAGGAAGCCCAGGAGGCAUGUGGGGUCCCAGUGCAGGAGCUAGAGGUGUCAGAGGAACCGUGCUCAGGGGUGGCUGAGGAGGCUCAGGCAGCUGGUGAGGGCCAAGGGGUGCCGGAGGGGUUUCUCUCAAUAGCCCAUGAAGCCCAGGGACCAGAAGCUUCCCCCAAAAGCCCCUGUGCUUGUGGCAGUGUCCCCCCCACUGUCUGA